GGCCCGCCACAGACAAUAAUACUAGUAGUAGUACUCAAUGUCAGGGGUUGCGCAAUCCUCCACUGGAACAACACAAGCAGUGAACGGUGCCUUCCUGCCUGCAAUAGUUACACUUCAAAAACUCCGGGCUGUUGUUUGCUCUCGCCAAGCACAUUUGACGCUAUGAGUUCGGAUGCAGUGUUGUUAGUAGAGACAGUUGAUUUUGCGGCUAGAAAACACCGAAAGCAGCGUCGCAAAGACGAAGAGGGAACGCCUUACAUUAACCACCCGAUUGGAGUUGCAAGGAUUCUCAGCCAUGAAGGUGGUGUCACAGACAUCGAGACUUUGCAAGCUGCUCUGCUUCAUGACACUUUGGAGGACACAGACACAAAAAACGAAGAGCUGGAAACAAAGUUUGGAGCCAUCGUCGCUCGCAUCGUGCGGGAGGUGACGGACGAUAAGAGUCUGCCCAAACAGGAGCGGAAGCGUCUGCAGGUUGAACAUGCACCUCAUUGCAGCCACCAGGCCAAACUGGUCAAACUGGCUGACAAACUCUACAACCUGAGGGACCUGAACCGCUGUACACCAGUCGUGUACGCGUACCUCCUAUGUGUGACUGUCAUCUCCUGGUCACACUGAUCUUUACACCAUUUACCAACUAAAAUAGAUUCGAGGUUGGACAGCUGAGCGAGUCCAGCAGUAUUUUGUGUGGGCUUCGGAGGUGGUGAAAGGCUUGAAAGGUACCAACUCGGCUCUUGAGGAAAAACUGGAGGAAUUGUUUAAACAGAGAGGAGUGCAGCUGUAAAAUAUCCAAUGGGAAUCACCUUUUGCAACCUUUGUAAAUGUUUGAAUUAAAUACACAUUUCAUAUAUGUA